AUGUGGAGUGAAAUUUGUCUUUGCUUGGUAGCUUUUAUUGUUAUUAGGAUUAGUCACUGUUUCUGUAAAUGGUCGAACCCCAAGUGCGAAGGCAAAUUACCUCCUGGUUCAAUGGGGUUGCCAAUUAUCGGAGAAACUCUCCAAUUCUUAUUUCCCUACAAAACGCAUGAUGUUGCUCCAUUUCUCAAAAGGAGAAUUGCAAGAUAUGGACCGUUGUUCCGAACAAGUUUAUUUGGUCAGAAGAUAAUUGUAUCAACUGAUCCGGAGAUAAACUACACAAUCCUCCAAAGAGAAAGUACAAAUUUCUCAUUUUGGUUAACUGACAGUUUUAAUGUAUUUCUGGGAGAAGGAAACAUGCUCACACAGCAUGGAACCUUUCAUAGAUACAUGAAGAACUUAAUUCUACAUCUUGUUGGCCCUGAAAGUCUGAAAGGAAAGCUUCUCCGUCCAAUGGAUGAAGCAACUAGCAGACAUCUACGUUCAUGGGCUACCCUUGGCAGUGUUAAUGUCAAAGAUGCAAUUGAAGAAAUGAUAUUUGAAUCAUUUGCAAAGAGGUUAAUAAGUUAUGAAGAAAGGAAGGAUGGAAAGAAGCUGUUAGAUAAUUACAAAGCGUUCAUGAAUGGUCUUAUCUCUCUUCCUGUCAACAUUCCAGGAACCGCUUUCCAUGCCUGUGUGCAGGGAAGUAAAAACGCCAUCAAGGUAAUUACAGAUAUCUACCACGAAAGGAAAGCAUCCAAAAUUCCUCACAAUGAUUUCUUAGACCGUUUAAUUGAAGAAGAAGAGAAAGAAAAUGCGUUUAUGGAUGAUGGUGUUGCAAUAAACAUGCUCUUUCUUCUUCUUUUUGGUGCUUUCGAAAGUACUUCUGAAGCCAUCACAUUACUUACCAAGUUUAUUUUUGAUCAUCCUGCGGUGCUGGAAGAACUCACGAAAGAGCACGAGGCCAUUCUUAAAAGCCGUAAAAAUCAGGAGUCUGGACUUACAUGGCAAGAAUAUAAAUCAAUGAACUUUACGCACAUGGUCAUUAAUGAAACAGUUAGAUUGGCAAAUAUAGCCCCUUUGAUUUUCAGGAAAGUAGGGAAAGAUGCAGAGAUGAAGGGAUAUACAAUUCCAAAGGGUUGGAUAGUUCUGGUGGCGCCAGCCGUUGUUCACUUGAAUCCUGAGAAAUAUGAGAAUCCUCUUGAAUUCAAUCCAUGGCGUUGGAAGGAGCAAGAUUUGCACUCUGGAUCCAAGACGUUCAUGGCUUGGGGUAGUGGUACGAGACUUUGCGUUGGAGCUGACUUUGCUAAGCUUCAAAUUGCAAUUUUCAUCCAUCAUUUUGUCACCAAAUACAGGUGGUCAGUGACCAAAGGAGGGGACUUCAUUAGAAGGCCUAGUCUCAUAUUUCCAAAUGGAAUACACAUCAGAAUUGCCGAAAAGCAGAAGUGUUAAGAAGUUUUGAAGAAGAAAACUUGCUGAGGAACUGUUGGGUUUUUGGAGCAUUUGAUUUUACACUAAGAAGUUUUUCUCUUUAUAUAUUACAUUAAUUACCAAUUCUUUAUGAAGGUUCAAUUAUCUUCUUCUAUUUCACUUCCUCGUGCACAAUUGUAUAAUGUAAUGGAAACGAUUGUUUACAAAAAAAAAAAAAAAAAAAGUU